AUGGAAAGCAUCACAAUUCAAGUUUUUCCUUAAUUAUUGUGGUAUCGUCGUGUUACAAGAUUUCUUACCGAAACCUUUACGUUGUCAUUUCUCAUUAUUUGUCUUUGCUAGCAGAAUUUUAAACAGUAAGGAAUUCGUUAAGGAUUUGAGUGAAUAUGCUGGAUCUCUGCUAAAAAUUUGUUUCGAGACGUUACCUGAUGUUUAUAAUGAUGAAGGGGCUCAAGUUCUCAGUUGGCAUAGUAUCAUCCACGUUGCUAAUGAUGCCCAAUACUUUAAAAUUCCUCUGAAUGAGCUCUCAGCGUUUUGGGGAGAGAGUUACAUUGGUUUAUUUAAAAAACUCGUUCAUUCUUCGAUAAAACCACUCACACAAAUUAUCAACAGACUAACUGAGAUGGAGUCUGGAGGAACCAUGGUAAUUAAUCAGAAACACAUACUGAGUGAUUGGGUUAUCGCGAGAAAGCCUACAACGAUGAUAAUUGAUGGGGAAAUUCAUUUAACAUCAAAUAUGAUCAACAUCAAUGGUCUAACCUUGACGACAAGUCAUCCAAAUAACGUGGUACUCCUAGAUAUUGAGAAAGUUUUCGUAAUUUCACAAAUUCUCGUUAAAUCAGGAAAAUCCAAAAUUUGUGAUGAUCUUACUGGUAUAUAUAUUUUCGGACACCAGGAAAGUAGUAGGGAAGAGGCGUUUAGUUAUCCAGACUUUUCCAGUCGAGUAGGAAUAUUCUACAUUAAGUCCUGGGCAGCUGAAAUGACAUGUAAGAAGGCACACAAAAUUAAACACAAAUGUGCUUUAUUAAAUGUAACUGGACGACAAUACGCCAUAUCCCUCCUCCACUAGAAAAUAACGUAAAAAUUGUUCGCAUUGUGAAAUGCAGUUUUUUUUUGGUAAGAGGGUAUAUGAAUGAGGGUAUAUGUUUUAGUUGAACUCGUGAUUAAAAUUGUGGAAGAAACAAACAAUUUUAUGUUUUAAAUCAACAAUCGACAUGAAAAUCCGAUCAUCGAGGUCGUUAGAAAAUUUCAAUAGUGGAGUCGUUACAUGCAAGUGGGACAUAAAUCGGUUAGAUCUGGCGUCCGUGUACAUAACCUUUCAUAAUUGCUCGUAUCAUCCGUUUAUCGGGCUUUUUGUCUCAAAUUCGGAUUUCACCAACUAAGUUGACGGUAAAUUACAAGAAGUGAGAAUUUAAUGUGAAUUAAAUGUGUGUUAAGUGUUUGACAGAUAUUUGUGAUAUAAUCGUUUUGAAGGAAUAGUGGCGCUAAAAAAGAAGCAUCAGUGGGGUGAUGACAAAAAACCGUUCAAAACACAUGGAAAUAGAAACGCAAUUUUUUCUGUUAAAUAAUAAGCUAUAUGCAUCAUUCUGCAAAGUUAUCAGUUUAUAUGAAACUACUCGAAAACACCAGGUUCAAUUGUACGAAUCGUGAUUUUUUUUCAUAACCUAAAAUGUCGGAAACCUCACAUCCAUCUCGCGAUCCAAAAAAUCUCAGCGAACCAUUCGCAGUCAUCGAAUUUCUCGAGAAAAACGAAAAAGGGCUACCAUGCAUUGAUUUGGUGCCGAAAAAAUGGUUUAAUAGUGCAGAAGAAGACACCUGUAAAUUCCCACCGACAACUGAAUAUCAUCUACUUGACGACUACUUGGAAAAAUUGCACUCGCCCAAGGACUCUUGGCAAAGUUAUCCAUUUUGCUUCAUCACCGGAGCAGCUGAUUUGGAUCAGGGUCGCAGAAGAUUAAAAAAGGCCCAAGUAACUCUCAACUGUGAGACAACCGAUGGUGAAAAUGAUCGAAAGGGGGGGAGGUCCGAAACUUCCUCGAAAGCAAAAAUUUCAGCAAAACCCUUAACUGCAUCAAAGUCUCAACUAAACAACAUCUUUAGUACUAAAAUCCCGAUUCCACCUAGAAAUCAAACUCCAAAGUCUGGUAUACAAGCAAAACCAAAGACAAGAUUUCAAAGCAUUUACCAGAGUGGAUCUGACUCUGAAGACGAAAAUCAUGAUUGUCUUAUAGCUAAUCCUGAGGAGAUUCGAGCCUCAAAGGCUCAAAAUAAUUCUGGCUUUUUGCAAAUGUCGAGUAAAUCGCGAUCUGUACCAACAGGUGCAUGUUUAUCAUUUAAACAGCGGUCAAGGAAGAAUAUUACUUUGCUUAAAGACGUCGAAACUGAUGAAUCUGAGAGCAAUGAUUCCUCCGAUGGAAUUCUGCAGUCACCUACAAAAUCGAUGGACUCAGCGAGAAAUACAAGAAAAGAACUUCAUUUGACACCUCCUUCACCACUAGUCCAUAACGCUUCAGGUAACCGAAAAAGGCGUGCAUCGUCUACUACACGCGCUGAAGACGGAUUGAAUUCGAUUGUGAGCCCAGGAACUCCAAAAACUUCACGAUCAAUGAUGGUACCCCCUGCUAAGAUGCCAAAAAUGCUGGGACCACAAAACCAGUUGUCAUCUAGUCAUUAUGCUGAUAAUGAACGUCGAAUCCUGAACUCCCUUCGAGAUUACUUUGAUCAGCAAUUAGAUGAAAAGCUCGAAAAUUUAAGACGCAGGAUGGCUUACGAUUUAAAGCAGUCUAUGAAUGAGCUCAAGACCACAAUCAUUGGCACUAAUCUAGCCCCAGCUUCUGGUCCUAGCUUGCUUGAAAUACAGAAGCAGAUGUCUACGCCACUACUAUUUGAAAUGGAUGAUAAGUUCCAGGAAUACGAAGCGAUAUUGACAACGGACCCAAAUCUCGUAGAAACACUGCGAUUAUUCAUGAGAGUUUUGAUAAGCAAUAAAAAAGAGAUGAAAAUAUGUGUUUCCACUAUCCUAUCUGCGGUUCUGAGGAAGACAGUGUCACUGCACUAUUCUGGUUACGGAAAGGAAGCUGGCGGAAAGAAAAAGAAAAAUUUUUAUAACACUACAGUAUGCAAAGUACUGAUUGAUGUGAUAAUUGAGGUAAUAGGAUCCAGCACUGAUGAGAAGAAGAUAAUGUCAGAAGUAAGUACUUGGUUGUCACGUUCUGGCGAUCGAGAGGGUGGGCGUAAGGAACGACAACGCGGGUCAAGUCAUCAUAACGAGAAUAAUUCAGUUUGUUCCUUUGAUACCAAUCGAUAAUACUUCAUUUUUCCGGGAUAAAUGGAAUUGUAAAAUCACUGUGUUAAUAUGACUCCAUUAGUUCAUUUUCGUAAUUGUAUUAGUUGUGAUAUUCUUGAUAAAAGGUACGAUUAAUAGGAAAAGUUUAUAUUAUCAAUAUAUUUUUAUCGCGAGGCGUUUCAUUGGGCAGAAUAUAUAUUAAUAUAUGAAUAUUGUUUAGUAUUCGGCUGUCAUUGAAGUAUUAAUUAUAUUUAUUAUAUUUCUCCUGGCGAGGUCGGAAAUCCAGAAGAUGGAAAUAACAAUUGGAAAAUGUGAUGUAUCUUAGCAUAAUAAAGUAUUUUCUAUGUCAUUUCCUCAUAAGUUAGAUCACGGGAAUAAAUAUCCGUUGUUGGUUCAGGGAUUAAAUAUUAUGUCCAAAAGUUUAAAGGGAAAAAUAAUAAGUGGAUUUUUAAUUUUUAAGAAAAAUUCUAAUGAAAGUAAUUUCAGCCAUUGAGAGCUGUUUUCAGUAUUUGGUGAUUCAAGUCAAAUAAUAUUUAUAAGGUUGAAGUUUCACAAUCGGACUGCGUCCAUAUUCCCCAAAGAUUUCAAAUUUAAGGGUUGAAAUUAAUUAGUUAUAUGUAAUCCUAUCCAAGACUUUUUUAUAUUUCUAAGUUUGUUUGAAAGAGUGAAUAUAAUAAGCAAUAUUAUAUAGAACUAGCACACAAUCAAUGCAACUAAAUAUCAUUCUGUGUUCCGGAGUUGCAGAUGGAGAAGACAUUAUUGUAAAAAAAGGACGUCUUUCCGAGAUGAAAAAAUAAUUCUUAUCAGGAUAAUUCGUAUCAGCAAUUGUCUAUGGAUAUAAGAAUUAAUUCUUAUCAUCCAUAGCGGAAUAAAUUAUCCAUAAUAUUGCUAUUAUAAUGACUGUUUUCAUGCUUGAAUUGAAGCACGAUAAUUUAUCAAUUCUAAACUACUAAUUUAAAAAAUAACAUUGGUGCGUUAUUUUGUUGGAUAUUUUGUUAAUACAAUCUUCGAAUUCUGAAGACUGACUGCUAAUAUUAUUAGAUUGUAAGAGAGAGUUUAUUAAGACUUAAUAUGGUAUGUCGUAUUAAAUUUCGGAUUCAAAUGAUCUACGUAGAUUAUUUAUUUUAAAAGCGGAUGAAAAUAAUCCACAAAAGAUUUUUCUACAAUUUAUACCUGCAAUCAUUUUUUUGAGUUUUCAUAUUCUGUUCGCGGAAAAAUCUCAUAGUUGUGAUUAUCUUUCAUGAAAAUUGGAGAUACAAACACUGCAUAUCUUUAACUGUUCAACCAAAAUCGGAUGAAAACAUGUACUAUGUCGAUAGGAGGAAAAAAGUUUUUGAUUGGCUGAGUUUUUUUGUCAAUAGAUUUAAUAAAUUUAAAUAUAAGUUUUGUCACAUAAUAAAACUGUUUUCUGUAUAAUGUUGAAGGUAAUAAAUACAUGUCUGCUUAUCAGAUAUACCGUUCAUAUAUUUAUUGGUGAUUCUGAACCCAAUACAGGCAACGGUUGGAGCCUGGCCACAGCUCUGGUCGUAAAUCUGGGCCAAUUUCGGGCCGAAUGGUCAGCCCAGAAUGCGGCCAAAGUUCGGCAAUAGGUCUGGGCCAAUUUCGGGCCGAAUGGUAAGCCCAGAGUGCGGCCAAAGUUCGGCAACAGGCCUGGGCCAAUUUCGGGCCGAAUGGUAAGCCCAGAGUGCGGCCAAAGUACGGCGACCGAAGUCUGGCCAAAGUUCGGUCCCAGGCCUGGCCCCGUGUUAUCAUCCCAGGGUCUAGCCAAGUUCGGCGCGAGUUUGGCUGGAGCCCGGGUGCCGAGCUACGGCAGCUCGGCGGCCGUGCUUGUACCAAGGUUGGCCCAUUCGU